AUGAAUGCCCACCCCAAGGAGAUGGUGCCCCUCAUGGGCAGAAGAGCUGCCGUCCCCAGUGGGAACCCUGCCAUCCUGCAGGAGAAGAGGUCAGCAGAGAUCACCCCCACCAAGAAGAGUGCACACUUCUUCCUGGAGAUAGAAGGGUUCGAUCCCAACCCCAUUGUCUCCAAGACCUCUCCCCCCAUCUUCUCCAAGCCUAUGGACUCCAACAUCCGGCAGUGCCUCUCUGGCAACUGUGAUGACAUGGACUCACCACAGUCUCCUCAGGACGAUGUGACAGAGACCCCGUCCAAUCCCAACAGUCCCAGUGCAAACCUGGCCAAGGAAGAGCAGAGGCGGAAAAAGAAGCGGCUGAAGAAGCGCAUCUUUGCGGCCGUGUCGGAGGGCUGCGUGGAGGAGCUGCGGGAGCUGCUGCGGGAGCUGCAGGAGCUUUGCAGGCGGCGGCGUGGCCUGGACGUGGCUGACUUCCUCAUGCACAAGCUGACGGCCUCUGACACGGGGAAGACCUGCCUGAUGAAGGCCUUGUUAAACAUCAACCCCAACACCAAGGAGAUUGUGCAGAUCCUGCUGGCUUUUGCCGAGGACAGUGACAUCCUGGACAGGUUCAUCAACGCUGCGUACACAGAGGAGGCCUACAAAGGGCAGACGGCACUGAACAUCGCCAUCGAGCGGCGGCAGGGAGACGUCACCGCCCUGCUCAUUGCUGCCGGCGCCGACGUCAACGCCCACGCCAGGGGCUUCUUCUUCAACCCCAAGUACCUGCACGAAGGCUUCUACUUCGGCGAGACACCACUGGCCCUGGCGGCAUGUACCAACCAGCCUGAGAUUGUGCAGCUGCUAAUGGAGAAUGAGCAGACAGAUAUCACCUCGCAGGACUCACGGGGAAACAACAUCCUACACGCGCUGGUGACGGUGGCUGAGGACUUCAAGACGCAGAAUGACUUUGUGAAGCGCAUGUACGACAUGAUCCUGCUGAGGAGCGGAACCUGGGAGCUGGAGACCAUGCACAACAACGACGGUCUCACGCCGCUGCAGCUGGCCGCCAAGAUGGGCAAGGCCGAGAUCUUGAAGUAUAUCCUCAGUCGUGAGAUCAAGGAGAAGCCCCUCCGGAGCCUGUCCAGGAAGUUCACCGAUUGGGCAUACGGGCCUGUGUCGUCAUCACUCUACGACCUCACCGACGUGGACACUAUGACAGACAACUCGGUGCUGGAAAUCAUUGUCUACAACACCAACAUUGAUAACCGGCAUGAGAUGCUGACCCUGGAGCCCCUGCACACACUGCUGCAUAUGAAGUGGAAGAAGUUUGCCAAGUACAUGUUCUUCUUGUCCUUCUGCUUUUAUUUCUUCUACAACAUCAUCCUGACUCUGGUCUCCUACUACCGCCCCCGGGAAGAGGAGGCCCUCCCACACCCGUUGGCCGUGACGCACAAGAUGGGGUGGCUGCAGCUGUUAGGAAGGAUGUUCGUGCUCAUCUGGGCCCUGUGCAUCUCUGUGAAGGAGGGCAUCGCGAUCUUCCUGCUGAGACCCUCGGAUCUGCAGUCCAUUCUCUCUGAUGCCUGGUUUCACUUUGUCUUUUUUGUCCAAGCUGUGCUUGUGAUACUGUCUGUCUUCUUGUACUUGUUUGCCUACAAAGAGUACCUCGCCUGCCUUGUGCUGGCCAUGGCCCUGGGCUGGGCAAACAUGCUCUACUACACGCGGGGAUUCCAGUCCAUGGGCAUGUACAGCGUCAUGAUCCAGAAGGUCAUUUUGCAUGAUGUCCUGAAGUUCUUGUUUGUAUAUAUCGUGUUCCUACUUGGAUUUGGAGUAGCCCUGGCCUCGUUGAUCGAGAAGUGUCCCAGUGACAACAAGGCCUGCAGCUCCUAUGGCAGCUUCAGUGAGGCGGUGCUGGAGCUCUUUAAGCUCACCAUCGGCCUGGGCGACCUGAACAUACAGCAGAACUCCAAGUACCCCAUCCUCUUUCUGUUCCUGCUCAUCACCUACGUCAUCCUCACCUUCGUCCUCCUGCUCAACAUGCUCAUCGCCCUGAUGGGAGAAACCGUGGAGAAUGUCUCCAAGGAGAGUGAGCACAUCUGGCGUCUACAGAGAGCCAGGACGAUUUUGGAGUUUGAGAAGAUGUUACCAGAAUGGCUGAGGAGCAGAUUCCGGAUGGGAGAGCUGUGUAAAGUAGCAGAGGAAGACUUCCGGCUGUGUUUGCGGAUCAAUGAGGUGAAGUGGACUGAGUGGAAAACGCACGUCUCCUUCCUCAACGAAGACCCGGGACCCGUGAGACGGACAGCAGAUCUCAACAAAAUCCAAGAUUCUUCCAGGAGCAACAGCAAAACCACCCUCAAUGCAUUUGAUGAAAUAGAUGAGUUUCCAGAAACUUCGGUGUAGAAGCAGAAUCCAGAGCUGGUGUGAGCAUGGGCCACCUGACGCUGCAGGCUGGGUCCUGGACUCCCUGCUGAGGGCUUGUGGAGCGAUGUGGCCUCGCACUGCAUGCCCAGAGGCGGAGAGCACCCUCGUGCUGAGUGGGGGGCUGUACUGAGAGGCAGUUGUCCGUCUGCUUGAGUGGGAAACACCCUGAAUAUUUUUUUUAUAAAGAUUUUAUUUAUUUAUUUGACAGAGAGAGACACAGCGAGAGACGGAACACAAGCAGGGGGAGUGGGAGAAGGAGAGGGAGAAGCAGGCUUCCCACGGAGCAGGGAGCCUGAUGCGGGGCUCGAUCCCAGGACCCUUGGACCAUAACCUGAGCCGAAGGCAGAUGCUUAACGACUGAGCCACCCAGGCGCCCCACCCUGAAUAUUUUUUUACUCAGCAAAGGGUUUGUGUAAACCCGUGGCCGGCAGUCCUGAGCCUGGGAGUCCCUGAAGU